AUGGCACUCACAUUGCGCAGCAGCAACAGCUUUCUCGCGUUAAGCUCUUCCAAUUGUUGGCUUUCAAAUGGCUCCCCUUACGCAGGGAGAAAAGUGUUCGACUUACAUUGCCUACUAUUGAGUAAAUUGGGGAGUUCAAGAAAGGGAUGCCUCAUACUAUAUGAUAUUUUGUCGAGCAGUAAUCCUGGUUUAGGCAGUAGAAAGUGCUAUUUGGUGUUCCCUAAACCUAGAAGGAGGGUGCACCUUCUACCAUUUGCCUCCUCUGAUGAUGGUGCGACUGUCAAUGGGAGUCUUCAAGCUAGCACCGGUACUGACCUAGAAAAAAUGAGAGCGAAACUGAAUAGGUCACUGGAAGAUGAAGAGUUUUGUGAUGGACUUGUCCAAGCUUUAUAUGACGCAGCCAGGGUUUUUGAACUGGCAAUUAAAGAGCAUAAAUCGUUCCCACGAAUGUCCUGGUUUACAACAGCCUGGCUUGGAGUUGACCAAAAUGCAUGGGUGAAGGCAUUGUCUUGUCAGGCUGCUGUGUACUCCUUAUUGCAUGCUGCAAGUGAAAUUUCAUCCCAAAGCGAUGGUAGAGACAGAAAUGUCAAUGCAUUUGUUCAGAGGAGUUUGCUGAGGCUAUCUUCUCCCCUGGAGAGUUUAAUUAGAGAAAAAUUAUCAGCCAAACACCCUGAAGCAUAUGAAUGGUUUUGGUCUGAGCAAGUUCCAGCUGUAGUGACAUCCUUUGUUAAUAAGUUAGAAGGGGAUGGACGCUUUGCUGCUGCUGUUCCAUUGUCUGGAAAAAAUAUGGGUUUAAGCUGUGCAAGUGACAUGUCACUUCUUCUGCUGGCACUAACAUGUAUUGCUGCAAUUGCUAAACUUGGUCCGACACAAGUUUCUUGUUCACAAUUCUUUUCAAUGAUCACAGAAAUAACUGGUAGUUUGAUGGACAUGCUAGUUGGUUUGAUUCCUGUAAGUCAAGCAUAUAAUUCUAUAAAGAAUAUCGGUCUGCAUAGAGAAUUUCUUGUACAUUUUGGUCCUCGGGCUGCCUCAUGUAGAGCAAAAGAGAAGUGGGGUUCAGAAGAAGUUGUUUUCUGGGUAAAUCUUGCUCAGAGGCAGCUACAGCAAGCUAUUGACAAGGAGAAAAUAUGGUCACGAUUGACAACAUCUGAAAGUAUUGAGGUAUUGGAGAAGGAUUUGGCUGUUUUUGGGUUCUUUAUUGCUUUAGGCAGAAGCACAAGGUCAUUUCUUUUGACAAAUGGUUUUGAAACUCUAGAUGAUCCAAUCGAAGAUUUCAUCAGGUAUCUUAUUGGAGGCAGUAUUUUAUACUACCCUCAGCUCUCAUCAAUUAGUUCUUAUCAAUUGUAUGUCGAGGUAGUUUGUGAAGAGUUGGAUUGGCUUCCUUUUUAUCCGGGAAUCACCAGUGUUACAAAACAAUCUCAUAUGCAUAGAAAUAAACAAGAAGGUCCUCCAAAUGCAGAUUCUGUGCCCCAAGCUUUUGAUGUUUGCUCUCAUUGGAUUCAGAGUUUUAUUAAAUACAGUACAUGGCCAGAGAGCCCUUCAAAUGUGAAAGCCGCUGACUUUCUGUCAACAGGGCACAAGAAGCUGAUGGAAUGCAUGGAAGAACUUGGGAUGAUUAGGGAAAACGUCCUGGAGACUGAAGCCAAGAAAACAGUUCGUGGACAUAGAUCUACAGUUCAGUCAACUAUAAAAGAAUCAGGUUCUUUUGAUGAGGCUUUGAAAAGUGUUGAAGAAAGUGUGAUAAGACUUGAAAAGUUGCUUGAAGAGUUGCAUGUAUCAAGCUCUAGUUCUGGAAAAGAGCAUUUGAAAGCAGCCUGUUCUGACUUGGAGAAAAUACGAAAACUUUGGAAAGAAGCUGAAUUCCUGGUGGCAUCUUUCAGAGCAAAGGCUGAUUCUCUUCAAGAGGGUGUUAACAGUGGUCGGACCUACACACCAGUUGAAGAAGACGAGUAUAUAAAAGGAAAAAGUAGAAAGAAUGCUAAUGUAAGGGUGGAUAGGAGCAAAAGAAGUGUUGGAAAAUCCCGUGGAUUCUGGAGCAUCUUUGGAGGUCCUGUCACCAAAAAGCCUGGCUUGGAGUCUGAUGUGGAUCCUUACGAAAAUAAUAUUGGACAGCCUGCACCAAAUGUUGGGGUUGUGGACCAAGAAUCCAAUGAAAUCCGCCGCUUUGAGCUUCUGCGUAAUGAGCUAAUAGAACUUGAGAAACGGGUUCAAAGAAGUGCCUAUCAAUCAGAAAAUAAUGAACUGAUCUCACCUAGUGAUAAAGCUUUGUUAUUGUUUGUAACUGCAUUGUCAGUAAUCACCCUACCUAUUGGUGCUGAAAGAAUGUCUCUAGAGGCUUUUGGUCACACAACCGCCACUUUUGGUGUCAGACUAGGCGAAUGGUGGCAGAUAGCAGAUAGAAGUGGUCCAGCAACAGGAUGUAAUUGGUCUGAUUUGCUGGUUGCUGAUGAUGGUGCUCGUUAUAGUGAUGAGACUGGGGUUGUCCAGAUGGCCAGGGUUGAGAAAAAAGAAAAUAUCCUGGAAAAAUCUAUUGGCAAACUAAAAGAAACCGGAACAGAUGUCUGGCAAGGAACUCAGCUUCUUGCUAUUGAUGUUACUGCUGCCAUGGGUUUACUUAGAAGGGCACUGAUAGGGGACGAAUUGACUGAGAAGGAGAAGAAAACACUUAAAAGAACUUUGACUGACAUGGCUUCCGUUGUUCCCAUUGGUGUUUUAAUGCUGCUUCCAGUGAGUAGAACACCUUUUAUUGUUCUCAUUUUCUAUAUUUGA